CAAUAAUUGAGCUCGAGCUUAACUCGAUUUUUGCUCGUUUACACCUGUAAUUUCCUUGCGAAGGCUACGUUUGUUUUCAAAACUUAAAACAACAGUUUUGACACUUUGUGAGAUACGUUUCUUGGUGUAAAAUUUCUGUCACAUGCGCACAAGACACAGAAAGCCAAACACAAACUUAGCAAAUCAUAUGUUGAUUCCAAUAUUCAACAGUUCAUUCCUUUCUGGAUCCCCUUUCUUGUGAACACUCUUCAUGGUUGAAUCAAUUAUACACCACCCCAGCUCAAAUUUUUUUCAAUCCCAUUGAUAAAAAUCCCAACUUUUUUUGCAAUUUCAAUUUUAUUUUCAAUUCAGCUUGAUAUAAUUUUUCAUUUAAUCCCUUUUCUUGCUUUGGAUCUUUCACUAGCUGUAGCAAACAAUUCUCAUGAGUGUUGGAAAUUCUCAGCCGCUCAUCGCUGCCCAACAACCGAUUGCGACCUCCGUCCACGCCAUCCCCGUCGAUCUCCAUGGCGGCGCCGCGGAGUGCAGCGGCGGAGGCCGGCGUCGUUAGGGUGUUGGAUAAGGACGAGAGGUGCGACGCGGAGACCCCGACGGACAAGAAGUACAGGGCCAGCGGGUUCCCGCUCUCGAGGUGGGAGUUUACGGCGGCCAUGGGGGUAUUUUUGUUAUUUUGCUCCGGGCUGCUGUGUAUCUUCCUUACUAUGCCGGCGUCCGAGUACGAGAUGCUCCGGCUGCCGCGCACCCUUACAGACCUCCGCUUGCUCAAAGAUCAACUUGCAAGCUAUGCUCGAUUAUACCCGGCAAAGUUCAUCCUGGGCUAUUGUUCGACUUACAUAUUCAUGCAGACAUUCAUGAUACCUGGUACGAUUUUCAUGUCUUUACUGGCUGGAGCUCUUUUCGGAGUCGUGAGAGGCCUUUUCUUGGUCGUUUUUAACGCCACUGCUGGUGCAUCAUCCUGCUAUUUUCUGUCUAAACUGAUCGGGAGGCCCAUUGUCAACUGGUUGUGGCCUGAAAAGCUUAGAUAUUUUCAGGCAGAGAUAGCAAAGCAGAAAGAGAAAUUGCUCAAUUACAUGCUCUUUCUGAGAGUGACUCCCACAUUGCCUAAUCUGUUCAUCAACUUGGCUUCACCAAUUGUCGAUGUCCCGUUUCACAUAUUCUUUCUGGCAACUGUUGUUGGUCUCGUUCCAGCUUCUUAUAUUACUGUCAGGGCUGGACUUGCCCUUGGUGAUCUUAAGUCAGUGAAAGAUUUGUACGACUUGAAGACGCUAGCUGUACUUUUUCUCAUUGGUUCUGUUUUGUUAAUUCCGACACUUUUAAAGAGGAAGCUAGUAUACGAAUAGGUCCUGGAAUGUUUGUUCAAUUUCGAUUCGUUUAGUGUACUGUGAAUUUGGUCUGUUGCUUCUAGAUAUCAGCUGUAGAGCUGAAAUUAUAUUGGUGUUAAAUUGAAUCCAUUAGUUAUAUGAGCAUAGAAAUUAGGAUCUGACUGCAGAUUUAUUUAUUCACAAUUCCAAAACAAAAUGAUUUCAUAGUUUGGUGCUCAUAGCAUUUGUAUGCACCUUUGUGCCUUCAAAAUAUUUCAAUUGUCAG